AUGCCCACUAUGAACCCAUCCCUGCUCACUUUGGGUCUGACCCUCCUCCCCCUUAUCGCCGGGCAACCCCUCCCCACCCCCGUCGCUCCCGCCCCCGUCGGACCGAUUAUCCCUCCUCCGGUCGUUGUGCAGCUGCCGCCGGCUGCUAGUCCGGUUGUAAACCCGGGGAUUCCGCCCGUUGUUACUCCGGGGGCGACCGCGGCUCCCGGAGUGGUGGCACCCGCGCCGAGUCCGAUUGGGCCAGGGGGUUGUAAAACGAUAUCGCCGACUUCGUUGUGUAAAGUCCCAGUGCUGCUGUAUGCCCACCGCUGUAUGCCCGCUGCCGCGCGAUGUGGGCUUGAGCGUCUAUGUUCGGCACGCGGCGAACACGUCGUCGGCGAUGGCAACAGCGCAUCACAAACCACGUUGGCCGGGGUCCCGGCGCGCAGCCAUUCGGCCAGGUCGGCGUACUAA